GGAACGCGCCGCGUCACAAUGGAGCCGGUCGGAGGCGGCGAGCCGGGCAGCGCCGGGGCUUCCCGCUGAGCCCGCAGCCGCCGGCAGCCGGGAAAGUGCGGGCGCGGGGCCGCCUGCGCGCCCGGAGCGGCCCGGGAGCACGCCGCAGGGAGCGCGGGCGCCCGGGGCUGGAGUCGCGCAGGGCUCCAGCUUGUGUUUCCAGCUGCCUGCUAGACCUCACUACCUGGAUGGCCCACAGGUGCUGCAAACUCAGUGUUUAAAUACGGACUCAUUAGCCUUCUCCAUCGUUGACCCUGUGGCCAAAGUGAGAGAAUUUUUCAAAUUGAGACUAAUUGCAGAGGUUUCAGUUGACCAGCAUUCAUAGGAAUGAAGACAAACACAGAGAUGGUGUGUCUAAGAAACUUCAAAAGGUGUAGACCUCCUGACUGAAGCAUAUUGGAUUUAUUUAAUUUUUUUCAUUAUAUUUCUGUACUCCUACAAGGGAAAGUCAUGAUUACACUAACCGAGCUAAAAUGUUUAGCAGAUGCCCAGUCAUCUUAUCACAUCUUAAAACCAUGGUGGGAUGUGUUCUGGUAUUACAUCACACUGAUCAUGCUGCUGGUGGCCGUGCUGGCUGGAGCUCUCCAGCUGACGCAGAGCAGGGUUCUUUGCUGUCUUCCAUGCAAAGUGGAGUUUGACAAUCACUGUGCUGUGCCUUGGGACAUCCUGAAAGCCAGCAUGAACACAUCCUCUAAUCCUGGGACACCACUUCCGCUCCCGCUCCGAAUCCAGAAUGACCUCCACCGACAGCAGUACUCCUAUAUCGAUGCUGUCUGUUACGAGAAACAGCUCCAUUGGUUUGCAAAGUUUUUCCCCUACCUGGUGCUCUUGCACACGCUCAUCUUUGCAGCCUGCAGCAACUUUUGGCUUCACUACCCCAGUACCAGUUCCAGGCUCGAGCAUUUUGUGGCCAUCCUUCACAAGUGCUUCGAUUCUCCAUGGACCACCCGCGCCCUGUCAGAAACAGUGGCUGAGCAGUCAGUGAGGCCUCUGAAACUCUCCAAGUCCAAGAUUUUGCUUUCGUCCUCAGGGUGUUCAGCUGACAUAGAUUCUAGCAAACAGUCAUUGCCCUACCCGCAGCCAGGUUUGGAGUCAGCUGGCAUAGAAAGCCCAACUUCCAGUGUCCUGGACAAGAAGGAGGGUGAACAGGCCAAAGCCAUCUUUGAAAAAGUGAAAAGAUUCCGCAUGCACGUGGAGCAGAAGGACAUCAUUUAUAGAGUAUAUCUGAAACAGAUAAUAGUCAAAGUCAUUUUGUUUGUGCUCAUCAUAACUUAUGUUCCAUAUUUUUUAACCUACAUCACUCUUGAAAUCGACUGUUCAGUUGAUGUGCGGGCUUUUACAGGAUAUAAGCGCUACCAGUGUGUCUAUUCCUUGGCAGAAAUCUUUAAGGUCCUGGCUUCAUUUUAUGUUAUUUUGGUUAUACUUUAUGGUCUGACCUCCUCUUACAGCCUGUGGUGGAUGUUGAGGAGUUCCCUGAAGCAAUAUUCCUUUGAGGCGUUAAGAGAAAAAAGCAACUACAGUGACAUCCCUGAUGUCAAGAAUGACUUUGCCUUCAUCCUUCAUCUCGCUGAUCAGUAUGAUCCUCUUUAUUCCAAACGCUUCUCCAUAUUCCUAUCGGAGGUCAGCGAGAACAAACUGAAACAGAUCAACCUCAAUAAUGAAUGGACAGUUGAGAAACUAAAGAGUAAGCUUGUGAAAAAUGCCCAGGACAAGAUAGAACUGCAUCUUUUUAUGCUCAACGGUCUUCCAGACAAUGUCUUUGAGUUAACUGAAAUGGAAGUGCUAAGUCUGGAGCUUAUCCCAGAGGUGAAGCUGCCUUCCGCAGUCUCACAGCUGGUCAACCUCAAGGAGCUUCGUGUGUACCAUUCAUCUCUGAUAGUAGACCAUCCUGCACUGGCCUUUCUAGAGGAGAAUUUAAAAAUUCUCCGCCUGAAAUUUACUGAAAUGGGAAAAAUCCCACGCUGGGUAUUUCACCUCAAGAAUCUCAAGGAACUUUAUCUCUCUGGCUGUGUUCUUCCUGAACAGUUGAGUACUAUGCAGUUGGAGGGCUUUCAGGACUUAAAAAAUCUAAGGACCCUCUACUUGAAGAGCAGCCUCUCCCGGAUCCCACAAGUGGUUACAGACCUCCUGCCUUCACUGCAGAAACUGUCCCUUGAUAAUGAGGGAAGCAAACUGGUUGUGCUGAACAACUUGAAAAAGAUGGUCAAUCUGAAAAGCCUAGAAUUGAUCAGCUGUGACCUGGAACGCAUUCCACACUCCAUUUUCAGCCUGAAUAAUUUGCACGAGUUAGACCUAAAGGAAAAUAACCUUAAAACUGUGGAAGAGAUCAUCAGCUUUCAGCAUCUUCAGAAUCUUUCCUCCUUAAAGUUAUGGCACAAUAAUAUUGCUUAUAUUCCUGCACAGAUUGGGGCAUUAUCUAACCUAGAGCAGCUCUCUUUGGACCAUAAUAAUAUUGAGAAUCUGCCCUUGCAGCUUUUCCUAUGCACCAAACUACAUUAUCUGGAUCUCAGCUAUAACCACUUGACCUUCAUUCCAGAAGAAAUCCAGUAUCUGAGUAAUUUACAGUACUUUGCUGUGACCAACAACAAUAUUGAGAUGCUACCAGAUGGGCUGUUUCAGUGCAAAAAGCUGCAAUGUUUACUUUUGGGGAAAAAUAGCUUGAUGAAUUUGUCCCCUCAUGUGGGUGAGCUGUCAAACCUUACUCAUCUGGAGCUCAUUGGUAAUUACCUGGAAACACUUCCUCCUGAGCUGGAAGGAUGUCAGUCCCUAAAACGGAGCUGUCUGAUUGUUGAGGAGAAUUUGCUCAAUACUCUUCCUCUCCCCGUAACAGAACGUUUACAGACAUGCUUAGACAAAUGUUGACUUAAAGAAAAGAGACCCAUGUGUCAAAAUCAUUUUUAAAAGUAUGCUCGGCCGGACGCAGUGGCUCAUGCCUGUAAUCCCAACACUCGGGAGGCCGAGGCGGGCAGAUUGCCUAAGGUCAGGAGUUCAACACCAGUCUGGCCAAUGUGGUGAAACCCCAUCUCUACCAAAAAUAUUUUAAAAAUUAGCCAGGCAUGGUGGCACACACCUGUAAUUGCAGCUACUUGGGAGGCUGAAGCAGGGGAAUUGUUUGAACCAGGGAGGUGGAGAUUGCAGUGAGCAGAGAUCAUGCUACUGCAUUCCAGCCUGGGCAACAGAGCA